AUGCCGAACCAAUACCUCAUAGUCUUCGCACAGGCACACUCAGACUUUCGACUCCCCGAACUACGUUCUGUCUCUGAACUUCAUGGGUUCGACGUCGGGAUUCCAUGCGACUUUGACGUGACCAGACCGUUCGGCGUCGUAGAGCUUGAGAGUGAGGAGCAUGCUAGGCUCUUGGCAAGGCGGUGUAUUUUAAUUAAGUCGAUCUACGAGUUCUACGCGCGCGGCGCCUCUUACGACGAACUCCAUGCCGCCAACGCCUUAGCGCGUCCACAAUGGGAGAAAUACAUCGCAGACACAUCCUUCAAGUUCUUUGUGAAUGGGUACAAUCAGUCGAUACCGCAACGGCGGCAACGCGAAGUCAUCGAGAACUUCUCGUAUAUGGACUUCCUCGGGAAGAUCGACAUGAAGACGCCGGAGGUCGUGCUGGGGUGCUUUGAAGAGUACCGUGAUACGACGGGCACCACGCGCGGGAAGCACGACGGCGACGGUGACUUUCGCGAGGUUUUCUUCGGCAGGUUGAUAGAGGAAGGAACUGCACGGCCACUCCUAACGAAGUUCGACGUCAAGAAGCGCGCGUACUUCGGCAACACGUCCAUGGAAGCCGAGAUCUCCCUUCUCAUGGCCAACCAGACACUCGCUUCUCCGGGAAAGCUGGUUUAUGAUCCGUUCGCCGGGACGGGCAGUAUGUUGUACACCUCUGCACACUUCGGCGCGUUGGUAUUCGGCUCUGAUAUUGACGGACGGCAGAUGCGUGGCAAAGGCGGCAAACCAGGCAUCAUGCGCGCAGCGGCACAGUACGAAGUCGAUAAGCGCGUGCUCGACCUCUGCACGUUCGACGUGACGCGGAAUCCGUUGAGAUGUGGCGGGUUCUUCGACGCGAUUGUCACCGACCCACCAUAUGGCGUUAGAGCUGGCGCGAAGAGACUAGGGAGGAAGAAAGCACGACCGGGACAGGGCAUAUCUGGACCAAGACCAGAUGACAACGCGCCUUACAUCCCACCCACGAAACCUUACGAACUCUCAGCGCUUGCGACCGACCUUGUCCUUCUUGCUCGAUAUCUACUCCGGCCGCGUGGUCGACUAGUGUUCUUCUUACCAACAGUAACAGAGGAAUACCAGGAGGUGGAUGUGGAAGGGCUGGUAUGCGAAGGGAUGGAGAUCGUCGCCAAUUCUGUGCAGGACUUUGGAGCAUGGGGGCGAAGACUGAUCACUAUGCGGAAGACGUCCGAGAUGGAGUACCCACCCCCGGAGUUCGAGGAGAAGAUUGAGGAGGUCGAUGGUCAUGUCCCAGCACACAGGGACUUCAGGGACAAGUACUUCAAGAAGUUUGGAAAGGACGAUUCGACAGCUGAGACAGUAUCAAUACCGACACCUACGACGGAAUAG